AUGAAGAUUGAGUUUGCUCCUCUUUCUGUGCCACUGCAGAGGAGGCUUCAGACAGCAUCAGUGGUUCAAUGGGUCUUCAGCUUCCUAGCUCUAGCACAGUGCUGUGUAGCUGCCUUCAUCGCCCUCCUCUUCACCCGUUUUUGGCUGCUCUGUGUCCUCUAUGCCGUGUGGUGGUUCAAAGACAGGGAUAAACCCAGCAACGGUGGGAGGCGGAUCCAUGCCAUCCGUAACAGCGUCGUCUGGAGGUACAUGAGGGACUAUUUCCCCCUCACGCUGGUGAAGACGGCGGAGCUGGACCCUAGGCAGAACUACCUGAUGGGAUUUCACCCCCACGGGGUCCUGGCAACAGGAGCCUUCCUCAAUUUCUGCACGGAGGCAUCGGGCUUUUCCACGCUCUUCCCGGGCAUCACCCCACACCUGAUGAUGCUUUCCAUGUGGUUUCACAUCCCAUUCUUCAGGGAAUACCUGAUGAGUGGAGGCCUUGUCCCCUCAGACAAGGAGAGCGCAUCCUACGUGCUGAAGAACCCAGAGGGUGGGAACGUGCUGGCCAUCAUCAUCGGUGGGGCACAAGAGGCGCUGGAGGCCCGGCCGGGAUCCUUCACCUUGCUGCUGAAGAACAGGAAGGGAUUUGUCCGCCUGGCCAUUGAGCAUGGCACCCCACUGGUCCCUGUCUUUUCCUUUGGGGAGAAUGACCUCUUCAACCAGGUGAGAAACCCCCAGGGCUCCUGGCUGCGGAAGCUCCAGCUCCGGCUCCAGAAGAUCAUGGGCGUCUCGCUUCCUCUUUUCCAUGCGCGAGGCAUCUUCCAGUACAGCUUCGGGCUGGUACCCUACCGCCGGCCCAUCUACACCGUGGUUGGGAAACCAAUUCCAGUGCAGAGGAAGCACAAACCUUCCGAGGAAGAGGUGGAUCGAGUUCAUGAGAUAUACCUAAAGGAAUUGAACAAGCUCUUUGAGGAGCACAAAGCUAGAUACAACAUCCCAGAAGACAGACACCUGGAAUUCAUAUAGAGCUCCUCCAGCAAGGUGAAACCAUGGAGAUCAAGCUCCAAGUUUUCCCUUAUCUCUGGAACUAUUGCACAACCUCAACUUAGUCACAGUUAACAUAUGGUCAGUACAGGGAGAAAUGUGUCCCUGCAUACAUCUUAGGGAGAAAGACUUGAUUUUGCCAGCAUUUGCAUGGGUGUAGGAAAGAGUUUCCAUCUUUUCUCCCUCUAGGACACAUAAAAGACAUAAAGAAGAAGAAAAAGGAAUCCCAUCUGUGGUCAACACUACUCAAACACCCCAGCAGAAAACUCCCACUUCUAGUAUGGCUUGGAUGCCAGUUUCUCCAGAUAUAUCCAGGAAAAUAGGAAUUCCUGAAGGUUUCCUUUUCAUUAUUUUCAGUUAGAAAUGGAAUGGUGAGCCAUAAUUUCUGCUAAAUACAUAUGGUUUUUGAAAUACAAUUUGUUUAGAUCAACAAA